AUGCUACGAAUACGCCCUACGAUCGUCACUCGUUCAACGACUUCUUCAAGUGGCCAAUGUCAUUAUUCAAUCAUGUCACGUGCCAAACAGCGUGCUGGCUUAUCCACCAAGGGCGAUCGAAGCUCUGAUCAGACCGGCAUUCCUCGUAACUUGAUCAAGCCAAAGGCCAAUGCUCAGCUACCGCCUUCUCGUCGUCGCCAAGUUAUCCAUCCUGAAACGCCAUUGAAUGAGAGUAGUAGCGGUCGUGGUAGUAGUACCAACAAGGAAUGGACGACAAGGGGAUUAGCCAAAAAGUCAGCAUUGGGUGAAGCUAUGGCCAUGGCAUCCAGCAAAAAGAGUAUACCUUUGGGAGCACCCAAGGUGACCACAGCAACGACUCGAUCACCUCCGUUUCCAAUCAAUCCUAGGCAACCAGCUGGUCUGGCUGAACGACUUGUCAAGGUGCACAAAGAUAUUCAACAACCACCGAAUCCACACUUGCUACGUGUAGCCGUGAUGGGUGCUGCCAAUGCUGGAAAGUCAACGCUUGUGAAUGGUAUUGUGGGUGAGGAUAUAUCAGUGGUUUCACACAAGGCACAUACCACUCGUGAACGUAUAUUGGGUGUGUUAACAGAUGGCGAUCAUCAAUUGGUGUUUCUGGAUACGCCCGGUGUAGUGCCUGACAAUCGACAUGCAAGAAUGAAUCGCACAUUGGUUACAUCAUCCUGGCGAUCUUUAGAUGAAGCGGAUCAUGUUAUUCUUUUGGUGGAUGGAUCAUGGGCAUUGUCAACGGAGAAGCAAAAGGCUGAUGAAUUGAUCCUGGCACGAUUACGGGAACUCACGCUGCCUACAACAUUGGUGAUCAACAAGAUGGACAAACUUGAUGAGGUUGCGGAUGAAGAACGUCUUGAAGCCAUUGUUGCCAAAUACAAGGACGCUUGCCCUUCCAUUGACAAUAUCAUUUAUACCUCUGCGUUGCAUGGUGAUGGAUUGGAAUCGGUCAAGAACGACCUCUUUGUUCGAGCCAAACCAAAGCCAUGGUUAUAUCCCAAAGACUUCAAGAACGACAUGCCAGAUUUGAAACGAGCUGAAGAGCUUAUUCGAGUGGAAUUCUUUAAGCGACUGCAUCAGUAUAUACCUUACAUGUUGAAACAGGAAAACGUGGGAUGGACGGAAUUACCCGAUGGAAGUUUACGCAUUGAUCAGCAUGUGUAUGUGGAACGAGAGAGUCAACUCAAGAUUGUUGUGGGUGCGAAUGGGGCAGUGAUUGAUCGUGUUAUUGCCGAUGCACGUGUUCAAAUAGCUAAAGCACUCAAACGCCCUGUACAUUUAUACAUUCAAGUCAAGACCAAGAAAAAAUAA